AUGCAGCCUCCACCGCCUCGCUCGUCUGCGCAGGGCGGAUUCAAAGCACCCCCGGCGCGAAUCGCACCGAAAUCAAAAUUGAAUGACCCCAAGGGGAAGGCCAAAAUCGAAGAAGAUGAAGACGCCCCCGUCGUGGUCGAAUCCAUCGAUGAAUCCAGCGAUCAUCCCGUCGGCGAGUACGUCGUGCCCGAGUGGGCCGCGCGGCCCAAGCACGCCUACGCGCUCGAGGUGGUCAAGGGCGGCGUCCAGGUCGAGCGCUUCGACGUCAGCGCCAAGGACCACUUCGUCGUCGGCCGGGCCGAGGGCUGCGACCUGGUCCUCCUCCACCCCAGCAUCUCCCGCCGCCACGCCGUCAUCCAGCACCGCGCCGGCCGCACCAUCACCAACAACGACAAUGCCCACAACGACGAUGAUGACGUCAGCAACGACGACGACGACGAUGCCGUCGACGGCGGCGGCGUGUUCGUGUACGAUCUGGGCUCGACCCACGGCACGUUCGUGGGCAAGCGCCGGGUGGGCGCGCGGCAGUACUGCGAGCUGCGCGUGGGCGACAUGGUGCGCUUCGGGGCCUCGACGCGCAUGUUCGUACUCACCGCGCCCGACCAGGAGUCCGUGCGGCAGGAGGAGGAGCGCCGCCUCGUGCGACGCAAGCGCGCGGCCGAGGAGCGCCGCCGCUACCCCGAGCACCACCGCCAGCAGCAGCUCGCUGCCCUUCGUCGCGCCGGCGGCGGCGGCGGCGAUGGCGACGGCGACGAUGACGACGACGAUGGGUGCGGGUGGGGCAUGGGCGACGACGCCCAGGAGGAGGAGGAGAUGGAGGAGGAGAUGGAGCGGAUGGACCACCCGAUCGGCGACGCCGAGGACCUGUUCCAGGGCACGACGGCCGACGCCAAGGCCUUCAUGAAGCGCCACCGGCAGGAGGAGCGCGAGAAGAAGCUGCAGAAGCUGCGGCGCAAGGGCAAGAAGGGCCAGAAGGAGCUGCUCGAGCAGCAGAAGGCGGCGGAGGAGGCGGCGGCGGCGAAGAAGCUGAAGAAGGAGCAGGAGGAGGAGCUGGCCAACGACAAGGUCGAGGAGGCCAAGCUGCGCGAGGAGGAGCGGCUGCGGCGCGCCGUCGUCGAGCAGUGGGACGAGUCCUUUGACGACGCCGACGAUUUCUAUGACCGAGCGGGCCGCACCAGUGCACCGGGCAAAGGACGUGGCGGCGGAGCUCCUCGACGCGCGGAGACGGUCGACAGCCUCAAGGCCAAGCUCGCGGUGAUGCUUGGCCAGAAGGAGAUGGUCGCUCUCGACAUCGAAGAGAUGACCAAGAAGAACGCCGCCGGCGGGAACGAGGAGGAGGACGAGCUCGACAGCUUCAUGCGCGGUCUGUCCUCGGACAUGAGCAAGAAGGAACAGAGGAAGAAGGAGGACCUGCUCAAAUCCCUCACCGAGGAAAUCGCCCGAGUCGAGCGGCUCAUCGAGCCGGCGAUCGACAGAGUGGCGGGAGGCAAGCCGGCGGCGAAGCGGAGCCCAGCGGGCCUCGCGGCGGAGGUGGAGCGGAUCAAGCAGGAGUACCUGGCGCGCAUGAACCGCGACAAGCAGAAGGACGCGCUGAAGAAGGAGCGCGCCAAGCGCAAGCUGCAGGAGAUCAAGGAGCGCGAGAAGCAGGAGGAGGAAGAGCGAAAGGUGAGCGCCGCGUCGGUCUUGCAAGGGGAGCAGCUGACGACGGAGGCCGUCGCGGGUGACGGGGCUGGGUCGGCGAAGGUCAGCAAGCAGGACGACGAGGAGAGCAGCGACGACGAUGGGGCCGAGGAGCGAAAGAACGAAGACGAGUUCGUGAUGGGAGACGACUCUGGCGCGGCGGACCGGCGGCGGGAGCGCAACAGGAAGAAGCGGGAGAAGAAGCGCGAGCGCGAGCGCAAGAAGCAGAAGUUCGACGACGAGGCGGUGAUGGACGAGGAGCACCAGGAGCAGGGCUACGGCUACUCCGAGUGGGUGCCCCCAUCCAGCGCCCAGCACUACACCCUCUGA